UUGUAGCCACACAGCGCCCAGAUUGGUGCACGCUGCACGAUGUCCCGGAUGGUGCUCGCACCGGAAGAGAAGGGGCAGCUCUCCCAGCCAUCUUGUGGCAGCAUCCAGCGAAUUGUUCGCAUCAAGCCUCGUAGAAUCGGAGGUGAAUCCCGCUGAAGGGGCGCCAUCAUGCCCGGACACCUGCAAGAAGGUUUCGGCUGCGUCGUAACCAACCGGUUCGACCAGUUAUUGGACGAUGAGUCCGACCCGUUCGAGAUCCUGAAAGCUGCGGAAAACAAAAAGAAGGAAGGGGCCGCUGCUGGGUCCACCAAGACCGCGGCUCAAGCCGCCAAGCAGCCGAAGAAGGAGUCACAGAAGGACAGAAAGAACCCGCUGCUGGACAAGAAGGAGGAGUCACAGGCUCCGGUCCCCCUAAAGAAAGAAGGUAUCAGGCGGGUGGGCCGAAGACCAGACCAGCAGGGCCAGCCAGGUUCCCAGCAUCAGGGUGGGCAGGGUGAAGGGCGACCCGGGGACAAGAGGCCGGACCGGAGACCUCCCCGCGAGCGCCGCUUUGAGAAGCCCGCCGAGGACAAGCCUGAGGGAGUUGGCGAGUUCUCUGCAGACAAGCCUUCUGGAGACAGGCCCCCGAGAGGGCGUGGUGGCAGCCGGGGUGGGCGCGGUGGUGGAAGAGGACGGGGCAUGGGCCGGGGAGACGGCUUUGACUCCCGUGGGAAACGAGACUUUGACAGACACAGCGGCAACGACAAAUCCAAUCAGAAAAUUGAGGAGAAGCGCAGUGGCAGUGGCUCCAACAACUGGGGCAAUGUGAAGGAUGAAACGAGUGAGGCUGAACAGACUGCUGCUCCUGAGACGACCCCAGAGGGGGAGGAAAAUGCACCUGCCAGCUCUGAGAACAAGCUUUCCAGGGAGAAUGAGGUUGAAGAAGUUAAAAACGAAGGCCCCAAAGAGAUGACCCUGGACGAGUGGAAGGCCAUGCAGGACAAGGAGCGCACCAAGGUGGAGUUCAACAUCCGUAAGCCCAACGAGGGAGCCGACAGCCAGUGGAAGAAAGGAUACGUGCUGCACAAGUCCAAGAGUGAAGAUAGGCCUGUUGGUGCUUUGAUUGAUGCCCCAGAGACGGAAGCAGACCCUCCAACUCUCUUCCAUAAGGCCAACGCUGACGAGUCCAGUGACCACCACUUCCGCAAACCAGCCAACGACAUCACAUCUCAGCUGGAGAUCAACUUUGGAGAUCUGGGCCGCCCCGGCCGCGGGCGCGGGGGAGCUCGUGGAGGCAGGGGAGGCCGCGGUGGCGGAGGCAGCAGGCCGGCACGCGGGGGAGGACGGUCCGAAAAGGCUAGUGGAGUGUCAGUUCCCAACGUGGAUGAUCCUGAGGCUUUCCCAGCUCUGGCCUAAAUGCUCCUUUUCCACCACCAGCCCACCCAUCAGCCCUUCCGGGCCCCUCCUCUACGAGGCUUGCAUGCGUACCACAUCUUCGAGUAUAUAAGAAAACAGAGAAGAAGAGAAAAAAAAAAAAGAUUUUAAAUGACAAAAAAAGACUGUCAUCCCUAUACCACUCACACCACCAGAGGACUAAAAUUUUACCUGUUUUAAAGGACAACAUAAGACAAAAAAAAGGCGGGAAAAGGACCUCUUGUUACACUGAAGUUUUGUAUUUAGGAACAUGAAAGCAGGGAUGUUUUCAUACUUUUAUUUUUCUUUUUUUCAGAGAUUAUGCAUACUUCAUUGAUAUAUAUAUUUUUUUUGUGCUGCUUGGAUUUCUGCAUUUCUGCGAUUAGGUUGAAGUGUGUGUGUAUGUCUUUCCCCUGAAGCUUUUGCGCGGUUUUCCUCAUGACUUCAGCUCAGUAUUAUGGGGUCAUCUUAGAAAAGGCGUUCUAAUGGAGUUUUUCUUCCUUGUAAUACACACUGAUGUGGUAGCACUACACUACAUAGGAAACUUGUUGUAGAUGUCUGAAGUAUGGCUUAAUAUGCAUUUUAAAGUGUAAUUACUCUGAUCCUGAGAACCCAUCCCUUUGCGAGGCACAAAUUGAGGAUGGGGAACCAGGCAAAGUGACUUCUUACUAAAGCUUGGUAUUUUUCUGCUUGUUGUGCAGUGAAAGUAAAUGCCUCUAUUCCUUUUUUUUGAUAGCUUGCCUUUUUUUUGGUGGACCAGUGGUUAGUAAUGCUUUGUAUCCCCUGAUCCAGAUGUGCUACCUGUGUUUUCAGGGUGUCCCAGGGCCCAAUGUAUAUCUUUAGGCUGGUCCUCAUAGGUCAUACAGACUGUACUACUUGUAACUUGAGGACCACUAAGCAAAUAUUGUAUUUUUUUUUUUCUUAAGGGUGUAUGUGGGAGUGUGUGUGCAGCAAAAUGUGAGGUUGAAUGUGUGAAUUUGACAGCUAGUUACUUAGAAUUUAAGUAUUCAUCUGCUAUGAACUUGCCAUUCUUGAACACACACUGCAAGUUUUUGUGUCUUUUGAGAAGUGAUUGUUGAAAUCUAGGUGAGUAUGAUAGACAGACCAUGGACAUAUCUUUGCUCAUAGAGUUACCUGUAAUGUCUUUCAGAUCUCAAAGCACUUGGUUUUAUCAGCACCAGUCCUCUGAAGAUUGUUUUGCCCCUUCUGUAAAUCAUAUUUGCUGUUUUUGUUAAUUUUUAUUGUCAGUGCAGCAGCACCAAUGCAUAAUUUGUCUGAAAGAAAUGUCUGCUGUCAUUGUGGAACAAUCAUGAGCUACAGAAUGUAAUGUAAGCUAAUUGUGCUUUCAGCCACCUGUGUCAGCAUUUCCAGUGAGUAUUUUCUUUUAAUGAAGUGGGUAUAUUUCACAUUGGGGAAGGGUGGGGUGUGGGGUUUAUGAACACAUGGACUGAAUUUAAAGCUUCACAUGCUGUGCUCGGACUUUCUGGUGAUGCACUGAUACAGAUGGCUGGAGCAGUUUCUUGUAGGACUGUUGAGCCACAUGACGGUGAAACUUUCUCUGCAAACAUCCCUGUUCUAAUAAAUUGCUUUAGAGGUGUUACAUGUAUUCUGCCAGUGGCUGUUGGGUUGUUUAAAAUCAAAACUGUGAUUUUAAAGUUGUAAACAAA